UGAUCGGGUAAGCUUAUGUCAAACGUAUGAUCUGCAGUUAUAUAACAUCAAUGGGACUGUCGAGAGAACCCGCCGCCAAAACCGGCAAAAUGUAACAACUACGGUUUGGCCUGACGAAAAUUAUGUUGAGACAAUUGAGCAAAGGCCUACAUCAGCACAGUUACAUUUUAUAUCACUCGACUUGUGCUUCCGGAACGACUGAUCAAGACAACAGUAAGAAGUCUACACGGCUAGUAUAAACAGUAGUUGGAGCUUCCCUCCAGUUAAAAGCCAUAUUUUUAGUGUUGUUUCCCACAAAACCGCCAAGAUUUCGGACCACGAGGACCUCGAAAUGGGCAACUCGGCCGACGAGGGCAGUGCGACCAAAAGCCCUGUCGACAUGGCCAAUGAUGCCGAAGGAGUUUGGUCGCCAGAUAUCGAGCAAUCCUUUCAGGAGGCACUCGCUAUUUACCCGCCUUGUGGCCGGCGAAAAAUCAUUCUCUCCGAUGAAGGCAAAAUGUACGGUCGAAAUGAGUUGAUAGCUCGGUACAUCAAGCUGAGAACGGGAAAAACAAGAACAAGAAAACAGGUUUCCAGUCACAUUCAAGUCUUAGCACGGAAAAAAGCAAGAGAGAUUCAAGGCAAACUUAAGGAUCAAGCGGCUCGUGAUAAAGCCCUACAGACCAUGGCAUCAAUGUCAUCAGCUCAGAUUGUGUCAGCUUCAGUGCUACAUAGCAAAGCUUUAGCAGCCGCUGGUAUGCCUGCCUUUAACAAUGACAACCAAGGAUACCAUGGCCAGCAACAAUAUUGGCCAUCUGGUACAGGUCAGCCAGUGCAAGGAAGUUUCAACAGUGCCUCACAAUCCCCUUAUGGCAGUCCGUCAGUCCAAGCCACUGUUCCCGGCAGUGUUGUUUCCACAGCCUCAGUUGCAAGCCCCACUGGAGCUGCUGUUAGCAGCCCUGAAGACAUGAGGAGUGCUUCGUACAGCAGUGGUACUGUGUCCUCCACACCACCAACCUUUGCUGCUCAUGGAAGCUCCUCAUGGCCACCAAGAUCUGUUGAACAUCAGCUGCCACUGCGACUUGUCGAGUUCUCUGCAUUCCUUGAGCAACAAAGAAUGGACCCAGAGUCUUAUCACAAGCACUUGUUUGUUCACCUGGGCCCAAACACUGACCUUGGCGACCCUCAUCUCGAGGCAGUUGAUAUUCGCCAAAUAUAUGACAAGUUUCCAGAAAAGAAAGGAGGUCUCAAAGAGUUGUAUGACAAGGGACCCCAACCAGUGUUUUUCUUAGUAAAAUUUUGGGCGGAUCUAAACACAAACAUUCAUGAUGAGGCUGGAGCAUUUUACGGUGUUUCAAGCACGUAUGAGUCAAAUGAAAAUAUGACAAUUACGUGUUCCACUAAAGUUUGCUCAUUUGGAAAACAAGUUGUAGAGAAAGUGGAGACUGAAUUUGGUCACUAUGAAAACAGCCGGUUUGUAUACCGCAUUCACAGAUCUCCAAUGUGUGAAUACAUGAUAAACUUUGUUCACAAGCUCAAACAGCUGCCUGAAAAAUACAUGAUGAACAGCGUACUGGAAAACUUCACCAUACUGCAGGUGUUGUCAAACAGGGAAACACAAGAAACCUUGCUGUGUCUGGCUUAUGUGUUUGAAGUGUCAACAAGUGAACAUGGAGCACAGCAUCAUAUUUACCGAUUAGUGAAAGACUAAAGUUAUUUUAAAAAUAACACCGAUCUCUCCUAUAUGUACAUGCAUAUCUUAUAUUGCUUUACAAGAGUUGUUGUGAGUUACAUACAGAAAAUUAAAUACUAUGCUACAUUAGCAACCAUAGCCAUGCAAAAAGCACAGACAAGUCACACUACAGAAUGAAAACAAAGCUUUUAGUGAUUGGUUGAUAUUGAUUAAAUGGCCACAGCUUACAGUAGUGACAGUAAUUGGACAUGAUUUAGGCACAUAACUCAGGUAUUACAAAGACAAACAGGUUUCUGUCUUCCCACUUAGUUCAUUUCCUUGUUUUUAGCACUAAAAAAUUAAAAUUAACCAGACAUAUGUGAAUAGAGUUAAAGUAUGAAGCAGUCAGAAAUGCAGGAGCGCAUUUAAAACGAUAAAUUUUGAAGUCUUUCAGAUCACCUUUACAUAACUAAAAUAUUGAGCACUUACACAACUAGAAUCUUUGUAAAAAAAUAAAUACUUGGCACGUCUUCUCACUAAAGUACAAUUGGUCAACCACAUACAUGGCCACUAGUCAAGAACUGUUUCUCAGAGUAUUAACCCCUGGCUGGUAUAAAAGUACAAUAGUGGCAGGAAAGUGCAAGAAAGCUAUUGACAGAUUUGGAAGCUUUGUCAUGACUUUUUCAUCGGGUAAAUGAUUUUUAAAAUGGAUAUGUUUUAGGGGCUUCUCUUCAAAACAACCAACCAUCCCCUUGUCAGUAAUCUUUUAAUCAAGUUUCUUAAACAGCCACUGGGUCAUACAAAGGUGCAAGUGUUUAUCUUGUCAGAGUGUGAUUACAUUUUCAUGAUGCUAACUACUUUAUAAUAGUUACUAGACAAGUGGUUUAUUUCUACAGACUGUUUUAUAUGCAUCAUGAAAUGUAUACAAACUGUUACUAAAUCAUUCAAAAACAGUAGUAGAAAGUUGAUGUAACACUGAUGCUGUUUUGUAGUUAGUAUUUUUUUGAAAUAAAGAUUUUUACACAUUUAACCCAUACAGCACAGCCUAACUGUGCUGAACAUGUAAAUUGCUUCGUAUUAGGGAGCUUAAGUACCAAGGGGAAUGGAACAUUGUAAUGAGGUACCAGUAUUCCAAUUCUGCCUAUUUCCACUGCUAAUACACCAUGACUGUCCAGGAUGCUGUUGUUCUGUAGUUCUAUUCAAAGACUGAGCUAUCAGAGGUACAUUUAUCUUGGACAGUUUUUUUAAGCCUUGAUAUUUCUCCAUGCUAAUAAACAUGCACAUAAAUUAACUUUGCACUUCUGAUUCAGUUUUCGCAUACAUUGUUAUCACAGUUUAGUCUGAUUUCCUAUAUUCCUAAACUUCAAAAUAUGUAAUAGCGCUUAUUUUAAGACAAAAACAAAAUGAUACUAUUUUGAAUCUUUUGAGAAAGAGACCGUCAUCUUGUGAUAAGUGUAACCCAGUCUUGAAAAUUGCAAGCACAAAUUUGUCUUGUCUUUGUCUUUCUUUUGCUGUUAGAGUGAAAUAGCUCAUGAUUGCUAGUUUUUAUGGUCAGUACCUUUAAAAGAGAUGCACCAUAUUUUUGUAUAUUUGUGGUGAAAUAGGAACAGUCUUCAUGAAUGAAAAAAUAUAAAAAAAGGUUUCAAAAAUAUAUAGUUAGCCUAGAUGUUUAGAGGUGGGUUUUACUUAUUAUAUUGUUAAUGUUGUUAUAGUGAACAAAGUAAUGUAACAUAUGGCACUAUACAGUAUAAAUAUAUAUAUUAGACAUUAAAAAUUUCCUUCAAUA